AUGUCGACCAUGAAACAAUGGGUUGUCGAGGGCAAGGACAGGGACUUUGACGGCCUGGUCUAUCAGGAUGCACCGGUGCCGGAAGUCGGCGAGAGUGAGGUGCUGGUGAAGUUUCAAGCCGUGUCGCUAAAUUACCGUGACUUGGUAAUUCCAAAGGGCCAAUACCCGCUAACGUGUAACUUCCCCAUUGUCCCUGCUUCCGACGGAGCUGGCGAGGUUGUCGAGGUCGGUUCCAGUGUCACCGAAUUCAAGAAGGGAGAUAAAGUGGCGACUCUGUUCAAUCAGGGACACCAGUACGGCGAGAUCGAUAUGCCCGCGUCACGUACUAGCUUGGGUGGUCUGAUUGAUGGUGCCCUGCGUGAAUAUGGGGUCUUCAACGAAAGGGGCCUUGUAAAGGCUGCUAAGAACCUCACUCCCCAGGAAAAUAGUACUCUAUCUUGCGCCGCUCUCACGAGUUGGAAUGCUUUAUACGGCCUGAAGCCAUUAAAGCCCGGUCAGACUGUCCUUGUCCAAGGAACUGGCGGUGUGAGCAUUUUCGGCUUGCAGUUUGCGAAAGCAGCCGGUGCAACGGUGAUCGCGACUACGUCCUCCGACCAGAAGGGGGAGAAGCUCAAAAAGCUCGGUGCCGACCAUGUUAUCAAUUAUAAGACCGACCCCAACUGGGGCGAAACCGCUCGCAAGCUCACUCCAGAUGGCGUGGGAUUGGACCAUAUCAUUGAAGUCGGGGGACCUGGAACCAUGCGCCAGAGCUUCAACUGCAUCAGGUAUGGCGGGGGCAUCAUCAGCGUGAUUGGUUUCCUAGGAGGUGUCAAUGCCCAAGAUCAGCCCACAGCCUUGGACGCACUGAGCAACAUUUGUAUAGUCCGUGGCGUGCAUGUGGGUAGCAAGGCUCUCAUGCGAGAUAUGAUCCGCGCGAUCGAGGCCAACGACAUCCACCCAGUUGUGGAUGAGAGGGUUUUCACUCUUGAGCAGGCCCGGGAGGCUUAUGAGUAUAUGUGGGCACAAAAACAUUUUGGAAAGUUGACCAUUAAAAUCAACUAA